CUCUUUUCGUCUGGAGAUCCAUUCAUCGGUGUCGGCAGAAGAAGAGCUGACAGCAGAGCGGCGAGCAACAACACACAGAUGCGUUAGUUAUUGUGACUAAAUUAACCGCACUGUCUUGAGUAUUUUACCAGAUUCGCAGCCAUGGAGUUGUCUGAAAUACUUUACAACAAAGCGGAGUACAUCGAGACGGCUUCUGGUAACAAAGUGAGCAGGCAGUCAGUGCUGUGUGGGAGUCAGAACAUCGUCCUCAAUGGGAAAACUAUAGUCAUGAAUGACUGCAUCAUCAGAGGGGACCUGGCUAAUGUCAGGGUGGGCAGACACUGUGUGGUGAAGAGCCGGAGCGUCAUUCGACCACCUUUCAAAAAGUUCAGCAAAGGAGUGGCGUUCUUCCCGCUGCACAUCGGAGACCACGUCUUCAUCGAGGAGGACUGUGUGGUCAACGCAGCGCAGAUUGGUUCCUAUGUCCACAUCGGCAAGAACUGUGUCAUAGGUCGUCGCUGUGUGCUGAAGGACUGCUGCAAGAUCCUAGACAACACCGUGCUCCCUCCUGAGACUGUGGUGCCGCCUUUUACCGUCUUUUCUGGAUGCCCAGGUUUAUUUUCCGGAGAGCUCCCAGAGUGCACGCAGGACCUGAUGAUUGAUGUAACCAAGAGCUACUACCAGAAGUUCCUGCCCCUCAGCCAGAUCUGAGUACGAAACCUUCAGCAGGAUCCACGCUCCAGUUCCAGGUCGGGGUCUCUCAUUAGCCUGAAAUGGACUUGAUCUCCUUUUAUCCAUCUGCCCAUUCUAUCCAUAGAGGCUGCGAGCUUCUCUGCCCAAGGAAAAACAUUUGGUCCUAUUAAGAUCCCUGAUAUGAUUCUGAUUUUUGAGCAUUAGAAAAGCACACAACAAAUAGUAUCAGUUUAACUGCAAUUUUGUACGUUUGCAGCUCCAAAUUAUAGUGGAAAUCUUUUAAAUCUAUGAGUACUAAAAGACACGCUCAUGUUUACCAUCCAAACUAGUCUGAGAUGCCUUCAAAGAGCACUGAUUAAAAACCUUCAAUCCGCAGGCCCUCAGUUUAGAUUUUCUAAUGAAGUAUGUUCACAUAGCUUCUCAGUGUGCUGUGAAGAAAACUUAAGGACCUCUGUUGCGGCUGGCUUCGCCCUCUGACAGCAGCUGUAGGUGAAGAUAAGGAGGUGGAGGUGUUUGAAGAAUGCUUGAAAAAUACCACCCACGGACCAAAACAAUAGCAACGACAGGAGGAUCUUGGCUAGGAUUCAUGUCCACGGUUCAUUCAGGCAGCAGAGCACUCAUAUCAGCAGUUUGUGAUACUCUGUUGUUUUAGUCUCUGUCGUUUUAUUUUUGAUGUUGAAGAACGCGUUUGUUUGUUUGCUUGUUUGCUUCCUCCUUCGCUGGCUUUUGUUAUUUUGCCAUGAAACUUAUUUAAUACUGUGGAUUUUUAUUUCAUUAUGUUUCACAUGAUCAGCUACAAUAUUGGCAGCACGGUGUCAUUUUCUGUAAGCAUAAAAUAAACAAAGCCAACAUCUAAAAUAUUGCAGCAAAUAAAUAUUCAAAUCCG